AUGACAAGAAAAGAUCAUUACGAGUGGGUGGAGAUGUAUGCUAAAGAACAAUUGUUUGAAUGCGUGAAAUCGUGUGUAAACUAUGAAGGAUUUCACGAAUAUGGCUUCCAUCUAUUAUCAUUCACUCCAAGGCCCUUGUUGGAGAUCAGAACUAACGAUAAUAGACCCAUCCAUUCCCUUCCUUGGGGAAACUCCACGGCCUUGGAGUACUUUCUAAGGUAGGUACAACUGAGACAGUUCCAGGUUCAUUGUAAGUACCCUGCGAGCAAGCUCACCUAUUAUGGCGAGCGAGCCGCGAGAGAACCUGCCCCUCGCACUCGCGUCUCCUUUCGCGUGCGGCUCUCGUGUGAAUUCUCGCGACUCUCCCAAACGGAAAGCUUCCUCGCAGGCUAAUUAUAAGUUGCUAUCGAUCUUUGCCUCGGUUGGAAUCCAAGACAGUCUUGGAUUCUGGAUUCCACACCAUGGAUUCCGGAUUCCAGGUACUGGAAUCCGGAAUUUUUGUAAGUGGAAUUUGGAUUCCGGAUUGCAUUGUUAUUGGAUUCCUUGAGUUGUAUUCCGGAUCCCAUCCCGCUAAAGCUCUCACAAGAAAUUAAAUUAGCCUUUGUGAAGAACGAAAUUGGAAUGAAAGAAGGCUAAAUGUCUCGAAGGAGGAUAAACGUUAUAGUUAGGAUAUGUCAAGGCGAAUUAACGUUUUCUUUUCUUUAUCAUCCACAGAACUAUUCCAGAAGCGAUUGCAACAAAGGUGGGGAAUGACCCCUUUGUUCUUGUUAUCGACGAUCUCGAUAACGAGUCAGGCUACAGUAAAAUGUGUGUUAGUCUGAUUGAGAAGACCUGCCAGAUGCUGCAAAUGAGGUAAAAUAGUUAAAAAAAUUGUUGUGCUUUCCUGGUCCCCAGGGUUGUCUUGUGUUCCCGAGUAGGGCGGUUGUAGGGAAGACCCAGCCUCGUUCCCAGUCGUCCUCGGCGAUUUCGGAUGACGUGACCUUAAAACGUCACCUGUUAAGCUUGUCAGGAAAAUUCGCUCUCGGUUCCAAGCCUCCUCUUAUAACUCGGAUAGCGUGAACUGGCCUGGGUGCGAGGCUGGGGGAGACCCUCUUCUUUUCUGCCUGGGGACGAGGUUGGCACUUGCGAUUCCAUUGUGAGUAGCACUCCAUGUAAGGAGUGUCCAAAACAACUGAGUAAAAAAGGCAACUUUUCGUUCCUCUUGUCUUUGCAUCUUUGUUCUUUCCUCCUUUUCCCAUUCAACCUAUUUCUUUUAAGUCUUCUCAGAAAUGUAAGUGAUAUACAUAAAUCACAUGGGAUUCUUUCUAGGAAACGGACGGAAAAUAUUCGAAAUUGUUUUCUCCGUGUAAUUGGAAAAGGCGCCUGUAAUUAUCAUCAUCAUCAUUAUUAUCGUCAUCAUUAGUUUCGGAAAAAUUGUGAUCAUUAACUGACUGAUUUUGAUUCUUUAGUCUCAGUUAAAAAAUAUCCGUGCUCGUCAAAAGAAUGUAAAUAAAUGAAUAAAGAAAAAAUGAGCUUAACUCAUUAUAUAACUCUAGGUUGAAUCUAUAUCUUGUUGAUGUCAUUCACUGACUACCGUCUUAAUUUUCACAGGUUUGAGGGGAGGUUGAAGAGAGUCUGUAUCAACAGACCAUACGGUCUGUUAGCCUAUGACCUCGCGAUCAGAAAGCGCUUCAACCUCCCGUUUGCCAGGUAAAAACUAACUCAAAUACUUGCUCUGAUGAUUAGUAUUUCACUCUCAACACAUUUUCAGAGGUAUUGCAAAAAUACGGGCUCUUUUCAGAGGCCAUCCCCACCGUUAACACUGCCUCGCUACCCAGGCGCUGCUUGGGAUUUUCUGCGGUAGUCAAGGCGUAAGGAGUCUUCCCAUGUGUCUUUGCGUUUUUGAAGCUUUCUUAUGAUCCUUGGGCCGCGACUACCGUCGAAAAUCCCAAGGAGAGACUGGGCACGAGAAAGUGCUGUUAAACAUGCAUUUGCAAAUAGUGGUUUAAUAUAGACUAGUGAAACGUUGAGUCAGCUUUGAUCAAUCUCGUGCUCAGGGACUCGCGUUUAGAUAAGGUAGAAGCCUUACAACGUUUGAACAACUGGUGCCUGGAAUUGAACAGUUCGCUCCUCCCUGUGCCUGUUGGGUAAUCUGGUACCCAGAUCUCCUGCAAGACAAAGUGAGAUCUUGGUACGAGGUUACCUGUAGGGACAACGCAGAACUAACAUCUCAUAUGUCUUUCACUGCUACCUAUCAUGAUACAUUCUGCAGCUCAACUAUAAUGAACGUUUUUUUCUUUUUUCAGCUGUGAAAUUGAGAAUAAGUUAGUCGUAACCGAUCGAUUCUCUUCGGGCAAGCUGGCAAAAGCUAAAGGUCAGUUAACAGCCAUUGAUAUCUCUGAUUAAUGAUGAUAAAUAUAUAGAUUUAGCCAGGCUAGUUUUCACGCUUGAAUUCAACUAACAAAAACUUCGACCAGUUAUCCGAGAUUGGAUUAGUCCUGGAGCGUAACAAAAAGGGUGACCAGAGCUGAAAGUGAAUCGUUAAAAAUUAAAUUUCCAAGGUUAAUAUCGUAAUUCAAACUAAAGAGCCCUGUAAAGAGACUUCAACCCUGAAGUACUUCUAUCCCAGGGAAGGGGGUAGGGCAGGGGGGGAUACGCAUUUCACAUGGCGCUAAUUUAUUACACUUAGGAUUUUAGGGUGUACUGGGUGACAGGCGACCAGCGGAUGCCAGGGCGUUUUUCCCGCCCCUCGGGAACGAAGUUGCCUUUCUUUGUCAAAAAUGGCAUCAGAAAGGAUAAGGGGUUGAACCUUGGACCUCGAGGCGGAGAAACUUGUUGAGUACCCCUCCCCCGGGCUGUUGCCUUAGCACAACAUGUUUGUACAACUUAUCGUCAUUUUGAAGAGGUUAUCUUAGAAUUUUUUUGUUCUUGGUCUUGCAGGUUUUCCAGGCAGACUUAUUCCAGAAGAUGAACUUAAAACCAGAUGUCUCUGAAAAAAGAUUUACAAUGGCAAUUUGAACUCUCGGAAUUAAGCAAUCUUGAACACUGUAGUAUUUUUAUUAUUAUUAUUUAAGAAAAAAUCGGG